AUGGGGAAUUUAUUUGCAGCACUUUUUGGCAUGAAGAAGGACAUGCGGAUCCUCAUGGUGGGUUUGGAUGCUGCUGGAAAGACGACUAUUUUGUACAAGCUUAAACUUGGAGAGGUCGUGACAACAAUUCCCACAAUAGGCAAGUCAAAAAAUUGUGAAAUAAUUGGUCUUGUCAAAGCUUUUAUAUUAUACAAACAUGUCAGAUAACGUGGUCGGUCUCCAUAUUAUUUUGGAAAAACAUUGUCUUAAUCCUGAUGACUUCAAUUUUUCCAUCAGGUUUCAAUGUGGAGACUGUGGAGUACAAGAACAUCAGCUUUACAGUGUGGGAUGUUGGUGGGCAAGACAAAAUUCGACCACUUUGGCGUCAUUACUUCCAGAACACACAGGGUAUGUUUAACCAUGUCAAAGUUUUUAUGGUAUUUGUUAGCUAAAGGUUGUUGUACAAAAGCUUUCUUCUUGAUAUUCCCAAGAUUCCUGUUUUCUUUUACUUGAGAGCUACAGCACACGUCUUUCACACAUGCUCAUUUGCAUAUUCCAGGGCUCAUCUUUGUUGUGGACAGCAACGACAGAGAGCGAAUCGCAGAGGCACGCGAAGAACUCAUGAGAAUGUUGGCAGAGGAUGAGCUACGUGACGCAGUGCUAUUAGUAUUUGCCAACAAACAGGUGAGUCGUUGGAGACUUAAGAGGGAUAGGCAUUUUCAUUUCAGUAACUGCACUGUGUUGUAAUCUCCUUCUUUAGUGCCCACAAAAAUUGGUAAUAUUCACCAAAACUUCAACCCUAAUUUGGUCAUAAACACAAUUUCUGAGUUUCUAACACAAAUUCAAGUUACUGCUCUGGGGUGUGCUGUUCAUCAUAGAUGACUCUGUGGAUAUUCAUGUAUAGAAGUUACAUCACAGGGUCAGUUUCUGUAUGUGUCUGCACAUUGAACAAAUACUCAAGUCCACGACAAGAAGUCAAGACCUCAUGUCAACCCUUACUACUGAAUCGUACUUAAAGUAGAUGUGUAUCAUAAACAGUUUCCUGCACAGGCUGAGUUGAAAUGUUAAAUCCUCUAAUGUUUUUUUCUUUGUUAUUAUAGGAUCUUCCCAACGCCAUGACCCCAUCUGAUCUCACGGACAAGAUGGGGCUUCACACCUUGCGUGAAAGACACUGGUACAUCCAAUCGACCUGUGCCACUAGCGGGAUGGGCCUCUACGAAGGACUGGAUUGGCUGUCCACGGAGCUCAAAAAACGUUAA